UUGGAGAGAGCGACAGGAUGAAGUCUUCAGCUCCGUCUCUUCUGAUUGCCUGCCUUGUGAUGUCCCUCAACAGCUACACUCAGCAGGUCCUUUACUGCCCACCCACCCCUGCCCCAGAAAGCGUCACCGAGUUCGUCUGCAACUCUCCAUCUCUACAUGAAUUUCCCACCGGCUUCCCCACACGAGCCAAGAUGAUCUCCGUUGAGUUCACCCAAGUCUCCAGCCUUGGCGUGGAGGCCCUCCAAGGUCUUCCCAACCUCCAGGAACUUCACCUCUCCAACAACAGGUUAAAAACUCUUCCAAGUGGCCUCUUCCGUAACCUCCCACAACUGCACACCUUGGAUCUCUCCAGAAAUCUCCUAGAAGAUCUACCUCCAGAGAUCUUUACAAAUGCGAGUAGCCUAACUCAUUUAUCUCUCAGUGAAAAUCAACUGGCUGAACUGCGCCCAUCCUGGUUUGAAACCCUGGAGGAACUCAGGAUCCUAGGCCUUGAUCACAAUCAGGUGAAGGAGAUCCCAAUUUCUUGUUUUGAUAAGCUGAAGGAGUUGACGUCUCUAGAUCUCUCAUUCAAUCUCAUCCAUCGCCUCACUACAGGGAUGUUCAGUGGCUUAGACAAUUUGGAGAGGUUAGUUCUGGAAAGCAAUCCAAUCCAGUGUAUUAUGGGGAGGACCUUCCAUUGGCGUCCCAAGCUGAGUGUGCUAUCCCUGAAGAACAGCAGCCUGACCCAUGUCAUAAUGGGGGUCUUUCAGUUGGACCAACUGGUGCUGCUGGACCUCUCUGACAAUGAGUUCACCACACUGGAUCCUCCGGUCCACGAGCCAUCUGCCAAUUUCAGUCUUGAUCUUUCAGGAAACCCUUGGGCGUGUGACUGCCGGCUGGUGAAUCUUCUAAGAUGGCUCAAUGAUCACGACAUCCAUUUAUAUUCCAAGGAGGAAUUUGUCUGUGCUUCCCCCAAGCAUUUGAAGGGUGAACGUGCAAUUUCACUUCAAACAUACCAAAUUUGUCCCUGCAGAGAGAGAGAGAGAGAGACGCUGGCAGACCUGAGGUUUGGAGAAAGAUACAGGAUGAAGUCUUCGGCUCCGUCUCUCCUGUUUGCCUGCCUUGUGAUGUCCCUCAGCAGCUUCGCCCAGCUGGUCCCUCAGUGCCAGCCCUUUCUUAUUUUAGAAAAAGCAUUUUUCUGCAACUCUUCCUCUCUCCAUGAAUUUCCCACCGACUUCCCCAAAGAUACCCAGACGAUCUACCUUCAGUUCACCCAGCUCUCUAGUCUUGGUUCGGAGGCCCUCCAGCGUCUCCCAAACUUACAGGGGCUUCAUCUGGUUAACAGCCAGCUGAAGACCGUUCCAAGUGGCCUCUUCAAAAACCUCCCCCAACUGCACACCCUGGAUCUCUCCAGUAAUCUCCUAAAAGAUCUGCCUCCGGAGAUCUUCACCCAUGAAAUUAACCUGACCCACUUAUCCCUCAGUAAAAACCAGCUGGCUGAAUUGGACCCCUCCUGGUUCCAGACCCUGAACGACCUCAAGUUCUUGUACCUUGACCACAACGAGCUGAAGGAGAUCCCAGGUUCCUCCUUCCAGAAGCUGACAAACCUCUUCUCCCUGGACCUGUCCUCCAAUCUCCUCCAUUGUCUGUCUCCAAAGAUGUUCAAAGGCCUUCCCUAUUUAAAAGUUUUAACCCUGAACAAUAACCCAAUCCGGUCUAUCGCCCCCAAGACUUUCCACGGGAAUUCCAGGCUGUGGAGGCUCUCCCUGAGGAACUGCAGCCUGACCCAUGUUCCGGCUGGGCUCUUCCAGCCAUUGAACCAUCUGGGACAAUUGGAUCUCUCCACCAACGAAAUCACCGGCCUGGAGCCUUUGUUGCUCAACGUGUCUUCCAGGUUCACUCUUGAUCUCUCCGGAAACCCAUGGGCGUGUGACUGCCGCAUGCAGGCUCUCUUAAACUGGGUCCAGGGAAGCAACAUUAAUUUGUUCUCCAAGCAGGAUGUUGUCUGCACUUUCCCAAAAAGUUUGAAUGGCCAAGUUGCAACUUCCCUCAGCGGAUCCCAGCUUUGUCCCUGCGCGCCUGUCAAUUAUUGGAUGAAGUCUUCGGCUCCGUCUCUCCUGAUUGCCUGCCUUGUGAUGUCCCUCAGCAGCUUCGCCCAGCUGGUCCCUCAGUGCCAGCCCUUUCUUAUUUUAGAAAAAGCAUUUAUCUGCAACUCUUCCUCUCUCCAUGAAUUUCCCACCGGCUUCCCCAGUGAUACCCAGACGAUCUACGUUCAGUUCACCCAGCUCUCUAGCCUUGGUUCGGAGGCCCUCAAGGGUCUCCCAAACUUACAGAGGUUUCAUCUGUAUAACAGCCAGCUGAAGACCCUUCCGAGUGGCCUCUUCAAAAACCUCCCCCAACUGCACACCCUGGAUCUCUCCAGUAAUCUCUUAAAAGAUCUGCCUCCGGAGAUCUUCACCCAUGAAAUUAACCUGGCCCACUUAUCCCUCAGUAAAAACCAGCUGGCUGAAUUGGACCCCUCCUGGUUCCAAACCCUGGAGAACCUCAAUUUCUUGUCCCUCGACCACAACGAACUGAAGGAGAUCCCAGGUUCCUCCUUCCAGAAGCUGACAAACCUCUUCUCCCUGGACCUGUCCUCCAAUCUCCUCCAUUGUCUGUCUCCAAAGUUGUUCAACAGCCUUCCCUAUUUAAAAUUUUUAUUCCUGAACAAUAACCCAAUCCGGUCUAUCACCCCUAAGACUUUCCACGGGAAUUCCGGGCUGUGGGGGCUCAACCUGAGGAACUGCAGCCUGACCCACGUUCCGGCUGGGCUCUUCCAGCCAUUGAAUGAUCUGGGACAAUUGGAUCUCUCCACCAAUGAAAUCACCUCCCUGGAGCCUUCCUUUCUCAAUGUGUCUUCCAAGUUCACUCUUGAUCUCUCCGGAAACCCAUGGGCGUGUGACUGCCGCAUGCAGGCUCUCUUAAACUGGGUCCAGGGAGACAACGUUGAUUUGUCCUCCAAGCAGGACAUUGUCUGCGCUUUCCCGAAAAGUUUGAAUGGCCAAGUUGCAACUUCACUCAACGGAUCCCAACUGUGUCCCUGCUAAAGCUUCAGGAAGGGUCUUUUUCCAAGCUGCUUAGC